AUGGCUAGCAAAGAAUUCAAUGUGUUUGUUGUUGACUUGUCACCUUCCAUGGGUGCUAUGAAGAAUGGACGAAGAAUAAAUGAUUUGGAAUACGGGUUAAAGUAUUAUAACGACUUUAUAGCGGAGACGCUCCUUAAGAAACGCAAACAGGAUCGUGUCGCUAUUGUGCUUUGUCACUCCAAGAGCACAAAAAAUCCCCAUGCAGAUGAGAGCUCACUUAGAAAGAUCGAAGUGCUCUAUGAGGAUGCCAUGUUAACCUAUGAAAAGUCUAAAGAAUAUUCACGAAAGCUUGCUGUUAAUACUGAUUCAGUAGAAAAAAACGAGGGUGACUGCUUGGAAGCGCUACUAGUGGGUAUUGGAAUAUUCAAGGAUUCAAUUAAAUAUAAAUUUAACAGAAGAAUCGUAAUAAUAACCAACUCUGAUACUGAAAUCGCAUCGUUCGGCUCAAAGAUUGCUGAGGCAAGUUCUGGUCCCAUUUCACAAAUGAACAUUGAAGUCCUCUUGAAUGGCAUAGACAUCGAUGGAGACUAUGUCAAUAAAUCCUCUACUAAGAUGGAAAAUGAGUCAAAAUGGAGGACUUUAAUAGCCAAUUACGGCGGCCGACUUGUGGACACCAAAAAUCUUAACAUGUCACUCAAUUACGCUCCACCUUUGAAAAAGGUACGUCCUGUUGUGUCAUUUAGUGGCCAUUUAAGAUAUGGGACCUCUUUGGAGAGUUUAACUUCUGACAGAGAUUCCAUAAAUAGCGACGAUAAAUCCCAACUCUGUAUCAAAAUUCAAGUAUUUCCAGCAGUUAAGCCGGAGAAACUACUACCUAGUCAUCAAUAUAUCAUCAAAGAAAAAUCGGUGCAUCAAUUGAAAUAUGAAACAUUUUAUCACAUCAAAAAAAAAAAGGAAAGGCCCAAAAAGACAGAAGAAACCCAAGAAGGUCAGAAUGAUGAGCAAGAGAAGAGUGUAGAGUCUGAUUCUGAUGAUUACGAAAAAGAGUACGUUAGUAAGGGAGACUGGGAACCAGGUUUCAAGUAUUCCAACAUGGAUUUGAUUGCCAUAGAUAAUGAACUUUCUGAUUCCGCAAAACUUCGUUGCAACAAAGGAAUGGACAUCCUUGGCUUUAUUAAAAAUACCAAGUUGCCAUACGUAUAUUUCAUGCAAGAAUCUUCUUAUGUUAUACCUGAAAGAGCAACCACGAAGAACAUUGUUGCUUUCAGGUCACUUUGUGUGGCUCUAGAGAAGUUCGAAGUUUCGGCGCUUGUAAGAUAUGUUCCAAAAAAUGACUCCGAUAUUCAGUUAUGCGCUCUUAUGUCAACAAAAGUCAUAAAUGCUGAUAUGGAGUUAAAUAAUCUUAUUUUGAUACGACUUGCCUUCAAAGAGGACGAAAAAAUUGGAAGAUUUCCCUCUUUGACUCAACUGCGUACGACAGCAGAUGGCAUGAAGCCCGCCAAAGAUGAAGAACAAGACGAAGACUACGAAAAUGAGGAAGAUGAUCUCAGUUUAAAAUCUGAUUUGAAAAAAUUCUAUCCAUCAAGUGGUGCAAAGGAGCUGAUGAAAGCUUUCAUUCUUUCUAAAGAUCUUGAUAAUACUCUGGAACCACUUGACGAUGGUCAUAAAAUAAGGAACCAAAAAGUGUCUCUCAUAGAGUCGGAUACUUUAAGAUUAAUACAAGAUAUCAAGGAAGAUAUUGACACAAAAUUACUUCCCUCGUCUCUUGCAAUCCAUAAAUUCAUAUUCAUUUUGAAAAAAAUAAUUAAGGAGUCUUUGAAACAAGAAGAUUUUGACAAGUUUUUAAAUGACAAAAACUUCAUAACUAAGUAUUUGCUUAAAGAUGAUGAUGACACUUAUGAGUUUCUCAACGGUGAAGAUGCCACCAAUUUCUUUAAUUUAAAAAACGUACUUUCAAUCAAUACAUCGGGUGCAUACAACUUUUUAAACGAUAUAAAUCUUAAAUCUUUAAAACCUGCCGGAGAGCUAUUGGAAAAGUUGGAUAUCAAAUAUAGAAAGGCCGCAAAUUUAACAGAUCCAAAAAAACGUAAAACUGAUUACCCCCACGGUGGUCUUUGGAAUCGCAAUAAGAAGCCAAAUUACGGCGAAUCAGAAGGUGAAUACGACGAGGCCCUUAAUCUAGAAAAAUUACUUGAAUGA